AUGUCAGAAAACAAGCCACUAGUACAAAUCGUAAGAUUUUCGUCGAUAUUGACUGCUGAUAAGCUGUUAAGUAAUUCGAAAUAUGGAAAUCUUGAAACUUAUUCGAUUCUUUGGGUUGAUCCGUUUGUUAAUGAUGCAAAAGAAUAUGUCGAUGCUCAGCAACGACUUCGCACGGCAAUCAAUUACAUUCGAACAUUUAAAACUAUUUCAAACUGUGACGAUUAUAUUCAAUCAAUCCCUGAUCAAGAUCGAAUCUUUCUCAUCAUAAACUCCCAAUUAGGUGAAGAAUUUGUUCCGCAAAUUCAUCACUAUCGUCAGAUCUUUGCGAUUUAUAUUUAUAUUAUCGAUGAAAAACGAAACACACAGUGGAGCAAAGAAUUUACAAAAAUCAAAUCUAUUAGUAUUCAAAUAGAUAACCUCGUGGCUCGAAUCAAAUCCGAUCGGGCACGUCGAAGUCAUAACAAAAUCGAUGAACCAUUAUCGAUUAGUUUGUUUGAUUUGAAUGUAAGUUAUAAGAACAAUGAUCAAUUCAUUCGUUCGCAUUUGCUGAUCGACUGUUUACUUCGCAUAAAAGGAAAUUCCACUGAUUUUGACAAGUUUAUUCAUCUAUGUGAACAAGAAUACCAGGAGAAUAAAAGUGAAUUAAGCGUUAUUCAGGAGUUUAAACAAAAUUAUUCUACAUCACGAGCUGUGCGAUGGUAUACAAGGCAAACAUUUCUCUUUCGAAUGCUGAGCAAAGCUUUACGUGUACAAAAUCUUGAUAUCCUCUUUUUAUUUCGGUUUUUUAUCUCGGAUAUUCAACAGCAACUAAUUCGAAAUCAAUGUUCGCAGCCCAUGCAACUUUAUCGUGCACAAUUAUUAACAAAUGAACAAUUUGAGACAUUGAAAAAUGCUAUGGGUGGCUUUCUUAUGAUCAAUAGUUUCCUUUCGACAACUCUCGAUCGUGAUGCAUCAUUAGAAUUACUGAACAGUAUAGAUUCUUCCGACGAAUUCAAUAUGCAGCGUGUUUUGUUCGAAAUUGAAGCCAAUCCACAUAUCAACGGCGUGAAACCAUUUGCGAAUAUUAUCUGGUUAAGUCAUUGUUUCGGUCAACGAGAAAUUUUAAUGAUGGUUGGCUCGAUCUUUCGCAUUAUGGAGAUUCAAUAUUAUGAUAAUCAGUUGAGUGUUAUUCGAUUAGUUUUAACAAAUGAACAUGAUCAAGAUCUACAAAAUUCAUUUGAACAUCUAAAACGAGAAUACGGUGAGAAAGAAAUGGAUUUAUUGUCAUUUGGGCAUGUUCUUUAUGAUAUGGGAAAUUUUGAAAACGCGAAGAAAUUUUAUCUGCGUUUUCUCGAUGAUAUUCCAUCGGAUCAGCAACAUUUAGUGAAUUGUUAUCAUGCACUCGGCGAAGUUGCAGCUGAUAAAGGAGAUUGUGACUCAAGCCUUGAAUGGUAUCAAAAAUUACAUGAAUUAUUAGCACGAACAUUAAGUGCAGAUGAUACUCGGCUUGCUGAUAGUCAUACAGUGAUUGGUGAUAUUUAUUGGAAAAAGGCGGAUCUCAAACUAGCACUGGAUUCGUACAACAAAGCAUUGAGUAUUUAUAAACGUGGCUGCGACGAGAAUGAUUUGACUAUCGCAGCCUGUUGGGAAAAGCUCGGUGCUAUCUAUGAAAAACAGAAGAAAUAUUUCCAAGCAUUGAACUCUUAUGAAAAAGCAUUGAAUAUUCGUCAGAAAUCAUUACCUGCCGACGAUCUUGUCUUAGGUGCAGCUCAUAGUAAAGUGGCAAAUAUUCGAUUAUCACUCUGUCAUUAUUAUUUGGCUGUAGGUCAUUUUAAUAUCGCAUUGAAAAUUAAAUUAAAUUCACUUCCACCUGAUCAUUUGGACAUUGCAUCGGAUUAUCGCGGAAUGGGUCACAUGUACAAAGGUUCAGGUGAUAUAGAUCAAGCAUUGGUGUAUUAUGAAAAAGCAGCAGAAAUUUACCGAAAUAAAUUGCCGGCAGAACAUCCGACUGUUAUGGAAAUUGAACGAAAUAUUCAAUCUGUUUCGACAGAAAGUACAAAACUCUAA